AUAAGCUUCGCCUGAUAGCAAACGCUUUUGGAUAAUCAAACCCCACAUCGUUUAGACCUUCGAAUACCUUUGAACAAGUACUCCCUGGAAUGGGCUGUUUUACUACUCAUGCAUCUGGCACGUUAGAUCCUCCGGAGGUGAGGAACUGGCGCCUCCAUGUCAUCGCCUGUAUUGCCUCUAUGUCGGCCCUAGCCAUGGGUUACGACACCGCCGUUAUUGGCGGAACUAUGGCCCUCGACUCGUUCAGACGCGAUUUUGGGACGAACAACAUUCCUCAAACUCAGCGUGAUACGAUCCAGGGCAACAUUGUUUCUACUUUCCAGGCCGGUUGCUUCUUCGGCGCCCUGUUCGCCUUUCCGCUUGCGGAAAAGCUCGGUCGAAAGAAAACAAUGAUCAUUGCUUCAUCAAUCUUCCUCCUCGGAGGCACGUUGAUGACGGCUGCCCGUGGCAGCCUCAACAUGAUCUACGGUGGACGAGCCGUUGCAGGCUUGGGAAUCGGUGCAUCAUCCAUGACUGUGCCCGUCUACAUUGCCGAGAUUGCUCCCCCGUCCGUUCGAGGUCGUCUGAUUGGCAUCUUCGAGAUCGCCUCUCAAGGUGGAGGCAUGUUGGGCUUCUGGAUCAACUAUGCCUGCGACCGAACUAUCAAUGUCAACAGCCAAGCCCAGUGGACUAUUCCGCUCGCUAUCCAACUCAUCCCUGGUCUCCUUCUUCUCCUCGGUGUUGCAUGGUGCCCGGAAUCGCCACGUUGGUUGGCCCGUGGUGACAACUUCGAGGGAGCCGAGAAGAUCUUGACCCAAAUCCGUAACCUUGACUCGUCUCACGCAUACAUCCAGCAUGAGAUGAGUGAGAUUCGCGCGCAGGUCGAGGAGCGCAGUACCAACCGUAUGAGCAAGAAGGCACAAUUCAAGAAGCUUUUCCAGAAGGGUGUCCGAAACCGCAUGGCCAUCGGUCUCGCCCUCAUGUUCUUGCAGAGCUUCACAGGAGUGAACAUUAUCACAUACUACGCUCCACGUAUCUUCGAGACCCUCGGUAUCUCCGGCACCUCCCUCAAGCUGUUUUCCACUGGGUUUUACGGCAUUGCGAAGACGCUCGGCAUGUGCACCUUCACCUUCGUCGUCGUUGAGCGUGUCGGCCGCCGCAAGGGUCUCAUCUGGGGCGCCGCGCUUGGCUGCAUCCCUAUGUGGUACAUCGGCGGUUAUGUCAUGAGAGCUGAUCCUGCCGCCGCAGCCGCCGCAGGGAAUAUCAACCGCGAUGGCUGGGGAUACCUGGCCAUGGUGUGCGUAUACAUCAACGCCUUCAUCAUCUGCGCGACAUGGCAGGGCAUCACGUGGACUUACGCGUCGGAGAUCUUCCCCCUCGAUAUCCGCAUGCUGUGCGUGUCGCUGACCACCGCCGACACCUGGCUCGGAUCCUUCAUCAUCGCCCGCAGCACACCCUACAUGAUCAGCGAUCUCGGGUACGGUGCGUAUUUCUUCUUUGCCUCUAUCCUGGUUGCCAUGGGCAUCUGGAGCUUCUUCUUCGUGCCCGAGACAAAGGGCAUCACGCUCGAGGAGAUGGACGCGCUGUUCCUCAAGCCCAUGCACAAGGCUGUGUGGGCCCAGGUCAGGGGCAAGCCUCUCUUCGUCGAUGAGGACGAGGUUGCGCGAGGAAAGGGGCUGGAUCCCGUCAAGGAGAAGAACAUGGGUAUUGAGCAUGUCGAGUCCGUUCCACGUAAUAAGCGCGGGAUGUAG